AUGGAUUUUACUUAUUUCAAGAUAUUAUUGCUUUUCAACGGCUGCCUGGUGAAAGGAUCUCCCCUGGCGAUGCUCCAGCAUGCUACUUCUUCUCAGAGUUUCGUGUUUCAUCCAGCUGCUUCCACGCAUGCACCAGCGGCCGCUGGUCCAUCCUCGAAUGAUCAAUAUGGCACAAACAGCGGUCAGGCUAAAUACGAAUACAAAUAUGAAGUGUCAGACCUGCAGACUGGAGACAGGAAGUCCCACUGGGAGAGCAGGGAAGGGGACCGGGUGAGGGGAGUGUACACUCUCUACGAGCCCGAUGGUGCGCUGAGAACCGUCGAAUAUUCGGCCGACGCUGUCAAUGGAUUUAACGCAGUUGUAAGAAGAGAUGAACGCACAAGGCACGCCCACUCCCGCGUCGACUCUCCUUUUAAAUCUAUUACCAAUAACGUCCAAGAUGGCUACAACACGGGCCAGACAGACAAUUCAGCUAAUAGGAGUUACUUAGCACCGAACCAAGGUAACGAAUACUCAGGGUAUCCGCCGGCAAGUGGCUCUUACAACUCUGGCUUCAGUGUCAACCAUCCGAAAAAGGGCGGGGAAAAUCCGUCACCUCCUUACGGUUAUGCUGCUUAA